UUAUCAUUAAAAAAAAAGGAAGAAAGAGAAAUUGAAAGAAAGAAAAGAAGAAGAAAAAGAAGAAGAAAGGAGAACGAAAAUUUUUUCCAUUAAUAACAUUCAACGGAAAUGAAUAAUGACAAUGAUCGAUCGAUCAAUUGUACAUGAUAGAGGCGAAGGAGAAUCAUUUGUACCCGAAAUGAAAAAGACGAUGAUCCGAUAAUGUUUAGUCGUAGUCACAAGACAGGGAUGUGCAAUUAGCCCCUUCCCCGCGUAUAUCUUUAUAUCGAGACUGAAUGGACAGAGAGAGCAGCCUCCUCUAUGAGAUAAUACGCCUGGUUGUACCUAAGUUAUUCAGGCCUGAAGUCGGAUCCAUCGAAUCGCGAGAGAUCGCGCGAGGUGAGGGUGGACACCGUAGCCCCUGCAGUCAUGCUCACCAUACAAAACGACAUGUCACCGCGUAACGGCUCGUGCGUGGCGGAAGUAAGCUCGGUGAGGAGUCUCUCGUCGGACGAUGUCUCGGCGACGAAGACCAACCGAAAGAAAUCCUGCUGGGCACGUGCUACGGAUCCGGCUCAUCGCCGUGGACGUCGAAUUCAGUUGUUGCAGAUGUUGGUAUUGCCAUUCAUACCGAUCCUAGCGUUGAUCGUCCAGACAGCUAAUACCCUUCACGAUAUCUUGAUCUAUCGGCAGGAGGUCUCCGACAUUGAAACGCAGGUAACAAUCGCCACCGAUUUGGGAAAGGUCGUGACGCGGAUGCAGCUCGAAAGAUCCGAGGUUGCAUUCUUUAUUUACACCAAUGGCAACACUCUAAGGUCAAACUUGACGCAGAGGUUCGCCAUAACUGAUCAAGCUCUUCAUAACAUGACUACGUGGCCCCUGGUCUCGGUGCCGAGGGAUGAGAGCAAGACGCAAGCCUAUGACGUGGUCAGCAAAGAGGCUUUUCAAGCACGCCUCGAGGAUUUCAGGCAGAAGAUAAGUUCGGAAGAGAGCAGCAUUACCGAAGUGAUGACAUGGUACACGAGCGUAAACGCGGCUAUGUUAGACCAUCUAACUAAUCAGAUCAAAGAAACGGAUAAUAGCGGAGUUUGGAGGUAUUUGAUAGCUUUUAAAAAUUUACUGAGAAGUAUCGAGAGUUUGGGUAUUGCUUCCGUGUACGGAAUCAAUUACUUCGGACGUGGAAUCCUUCUGGGGGACAAUUACGUCAGCUAUGUUCGCCACGAGGCUCUUGGACGUGAUCUCCUCAAUGGAUCUCUCACAUACGUGCCUUCUCUCAAGCAUUUUUACGCCGAACUCACCCGCACCAUGCCGGACUAUGGGAGAAUUAAAUCCAGACGAGAUGAAAUCCUCCAGAACCGGAAGAGGGAACCGAAUAUCGAAGAUGCGAUCGCUUAUUUCGAUUCAAUGGCAACUUACGUGGACGAACUGCGAAAACUUCAGAAAGAAUUACGCCACAUGAUUAGAGAUUACGUGAACUCGACUUUGCAAGACGCAAGUAAUAAAGAAGCUGCUGGGAUAGCUAUAGUUGUGCUAGUAUUGGUCGUCUCUCCCAUCAUUAUAAUAUUAGUGCGUAACGCGGUUGCGACGAUUCAAAUGUAUGCAGCUAAUCUGGCGCAGAAAGCCCGGGAACUGAAACAGGAAAAAGGAAAAAGCGACACGUUGCUUUUUCAAAUGUUACCACCCAGCGUUGCUCAACAAUUGAAACAAACCCAACAGGUUCCAGCAGAAUAUUACGAAGCGGUGACCGUAUAUUUUAGCGACAUUGUUGGAUUUACGGAAAUUGCUGCAGAGAAUACCCCGUUAGAAGUUGUCACCUUCCUGAAUUCGAUCUACAAAUUGUUCGAUGCUCGCAUCGAAUGUUACGAUGUGUACAAAGUUGAAACGAUUGGCGAUUCGUACAUGGUUGCAUCCGGGUUGCCCGUUAGAAACGGAGACAAACACGUAUCUGAAAUAGCAACGAUGGCCCUUGAUCUCUUAGCAGCUUCGUCGGUGUUUCAAGUGCCAAAGCGACCCGGGGAACGCCUUCAAAUACGAAGCGGUGCCCAUACAGGACCCGUUGUUGCUGGAAUUGUAGGGAGCAAAAUGCCUCGUUAUUGUCUUUUUGGGGAUACCGUAAACACGGCUAGUCGUAUGGAAUCAACCGGAGAAGCCCUGAGAAUACAUAUCAGUCUAGAAAUGAAAAAGGCUUUGGACGCUGUGGGAGGUUUCAAAAUUGUACGCCGUGGUUUGGUCGAUGUUAAGGGAAAAGGACUGAUGGAUACAUACUGGCUGGAAUGUAAGGACGGUGGUAUCGCGCGUGCGGCGGAAUUAGAUUUGCCCUCGUUCUUCGAGGAUGUGCGACCAGUUUUCAUACGCCGUUUACGAGAGGAAGUUCGUAAAAAUCGACUGUCCCAUCCAAAUCUUCAUAUUACUCCCGUUAAGCCACCUCCCCAAUCGCAGUCCAGUAUCGAGUCCCAAGACUCCGCGACGUACGAGGGAACUCAAUCAACCACACCCUGUCCACCGAGUUACUCUCCAAGUCAACGAAGUCGUUAUUCCCAACCGAAUCUGCCCACUCUUUUGAUAUCCCACGAAAAGAGAUCCGGAGGUUCGGCUGAUCGGCGUAUUAGGAUGUCUCAGCCUACGUUGAACUCGAGCUUCAGCGGUAUCAACUUUGCCGGGAUGAAUCGUAGCUCCAGACUGUCUUACCCGAGUCUUAGAGCAGCUUCUGGGGAUAAUAGUAUCAACGAGGAAGAAAGAUUAUCAGCGCGGAGUGUGCAAGGUUUUAGCGGAAGCUCAAGAGGAAGUUGGAUGGAUCAAGGCUCCUCGAGAUUGUCUCAGUCGGAUGUGACACGGUUUAUCUUGAGGCAGGAUGUACCAGCGAAACGAGACCGUCUCUCUCAAUCAACCCUAGUUAUCGGUGAUUAUCAUCCCGGUCGUGGUCAACAGAGAUUAUCUCAACCUUGCCUAAGUACAGGGAAAGAUCUUAAUUUACCGACAAUGGUUUUUCACUCUCCUUCUCCACCGUCUGUUAAACAUAAAAGAUUCUCUCCUGCCAUACACGCUAGUCAGAGAGAACGGUUGUCGCAAUUAGAUAUUGGUGCUAAAUAUAGAAAUUUCAAAGAGACAGCUGCGACGAAAUUUAAUCGGGAUAGGUUUUCAAUACCCGAACUGGAGACGCAAAAUGAUCUUAAGUUAUUGAUAGCUGGCACACCAAAGCAGAGAUUUAGUUUAGAUAGCCAAUUGACACGUAAUCAAGAUGUAACUCGGUCUAGAUUAUUGCCAAUCGCUAGUUCACCUAUCAAUGAACACCAGCAAACUAAGAUUGAAGAGCAAACAGGAAUCCCAGGAGGUAAACUUAAAAGCCCCACCAGAGAAGGCCUUGGAAGUGUGCUCGUGGCAAGUACGACUCCAAUAUUACCACCGAGCGAAAGAGAAUUGUUGUCAACCGAGUUAAGUAAAAUAACAACUGCGGUUAAUUCGGCAACGUCGUCUUCUACGCAACAUAAGGAUCAAACAACACUUAGAGCGAGCAAACUUCAUAGAUCAGUUUCACCUAUUCCUACCAGGGAAAGAAUGUCAGUGCCUGAAAUAAGAAACUCGAGUCUACGCCGAUUGCUUGACCCACCAAUGAGGCAAAGACACAGUAUUACCGGCAAUUUAAGGCAGAGUAUAAUCUCUCCAAUUAAGCCUCUCGAUUUUGGCAGAAAAUCACCGAAGCAUUUGUUCGAAGAAGCCCUGGAAAGAUUUCGAAAGGAUGAAAAAGAAGAAAAUCGAAAGAACGAAAUUUCAAAUUCAGAAAUUCUUGUCGAUAUUGUCGAUGAACCUAAACAUAUUCAAAAACAUUACUCGUAUACGUACGAAAGUACAGAUGACAGUUCCUCGAUAUUCGGAAAGAUAAGCAUGUCUGCGAUACCAAAGAAGAAAUAUUUAGAAAGUAAUUUUGAUGAAAAUGAACAAGUAAUUACUACAGUGAUCGAGACGGAUGUACCAAUGAUAAUGGCCAAUCCAAAGUAUGUAAAAAAAUCAUCUUAUUCGAGCGAGACCCCAAAAUGGAUUAGAAAAUAUUUAGAAAGCGAAAGUCCGAAAGUAGGAAGAAAGAUGGCAACAAGCAACAAGGAGAAAAGUAAUAGAAGGAAUAGUCGGAGGAAAAGCUCUUUGGAAUCGAUGGAAGGCGAGAAAAUUACAGACAAAGUUCGUUCGAAAUCAGUGAGCAGCGGUGAAAGGAGUCCAAUGUUGAGAAACACCGGUAUACAAUCCGAAUUGAAAAAUAUGAAGAAUACAUAUGUGAGAAUUGUUCCUUCGAAUAAAACUCAAGAAAACAGAUAUGAAGUAAAGAUAGAGAAUAAUUGGAUCGAUGGAAAUAUUCACAGACUAUAUGAUGAUGAAUGUGAGGAUACGGAUUCCGAUGAUUCCACGUCCAUUUAAAUUAAACUAACGAUACUAAUCGAAUAGA